GACGCGUCCUUCACUGGAUCACUCCCUUCACCCGGCCAUAGCUCGCGUUGGCUUACGCGCGAUCCUGAAGCUAUCGCCUCUGCGCUGCUACGCGUAUCAGUACUUCGGUAGAGGUAUACUGCUCAAGUAUACACAGCCAUGGCCAAACGCCAGCUAGCUACCCUGUCGUUGCCUGUUUUUGUGCUCUCUGCUUUGGACAGAGCAGGGUACCAAACAGUUGAAGAUUUGUCCGGUGCUACGCCUGAUAGUCUGUCGAAAGACCUUAAUAUAUCCUUGCCUUCCUCCCAGGCCGUCUUCCAGGCUACGCAAAUGCCGAGGAGUGUGCCGCUGACACAAUCGGCGGCCCUACUAGUGGGGGGGAGCAAGGCUUACUCUACUAAGCUUGCCGAACUGGAUGCGCUGCUUGAGGGAGGCUUGAAGCGAGGCUUCAUACUAGAGCUGUCUGGCCCACCAGGUUCUAUCAAGGAGACAGUAGCGAUGAACGUCGUCAGCAGUUUCGUCGAGGCAUCUCACCACGUGCUAUUCGUAGAUAUGCAAAACAUGACAAGUCCCGCCACCCUCGUUCGGUCACUACGUACAUCGUCAUCAGCUCCUCAAGACUGCCAGGGACGAGUCCAUCAUCUCCGAAUACACACCCUUCCAGACCUCAUGAUUUUUCUUCGAAACCUGCCCUCAUAUCUACAAGACCAUCCGGAAACCGCCUUGCUCGUGCUGAACUCUCUGUCGUAUCCCUUCCAAUCUCUAGCGGGCCUGUCAAAUUCAACGCGUGUUGCCCUCUUGGACAGGGUGAAGCAGACGCUCACACGCGCUUCUGCUUCCACGAAGCUGACUGUCGUUAUCACAAGCCAGCUCGCAACUAAAUUGCUGAAGCCCGACGGGUCCGCAGCGGACUUCGAGACAGGCUCGAGGGCGAUCAUGGCACCUGCUCUAGGGCCUGCGUACCUUCCCUCGGCGAAAACAUACAGAGUGUGUGUUGUACCACGGUCUAGGACCGCUGGUGUAUUCCGCCUACUGUCGUCACCUUUGGCUGUGCACGGUAGCCAGCCGCCCGUCGAAGAAGCAUACCAGUUGGCGCGGUGACCGGACUUGCUGUAUUGGUCGUUUGGGCCUAAGCCUCUGGCUGCAUGUUCUUCUAACGGAUGCGUGGCCCGCAAACACGUACGACGCAUGCAGAGCGCACGGACUGCGGCUGGCUUUCUCCACAGUGCAGCAGUUUCAUGUAUCAAGCGGGCGAUUUUCGGACAUCCACGUUUCCAUGGCUG